AUGGAGAUUAUAUACGAGUACUCCAAACCCCGAAGCGAUUUUGGCCGCCAAUGUCUCCUCUCUGACCGCCCUGCGGAGCUAAUUUCGGACGUACCUCCGGACUCAGACCUUGCGCUGCAGUUCAUGCCGAGAAGCAGCAGAGUUCGUGCGCUUCAGAGCUCUUGGGAGAUGUCCGAGCACCAGGUGAACACAGAGAGGUUUGAAUCAGAAAGUCGUGGAAUAAACCAUGUGGAAGGUGGGUGGCCCAAAGACAUCAACCCCCAAGAGAUGGAGCAAACCAUUCGCUUCAGGAAGAAGGUGGAGAAGGAUGAAAGCUACUUGAACAGCAUAAUGCAGCUAGGCGAUGUUAUAGGACGCUGCGUUGGACAAAACACUGCCGUCGACAUCUACCAGAAGUACUUUGAAGAUGAAGAUAUGUGGGACAAAAAUCAGGAACCACCAUCUGCUAAGACUAUCAAUGUGUUCAGAGAUCCGAAUCAGGUGAAGCGAACUGUCACCUGUCUGUCCUGGCACCCCGAUGGGGGAAGAAAAUUGGCAGCUGCCUACUCAUGCUUAGAGUUUCAGAAAGCUUCCACUGACAUGAGCCCGGAUGCAUACAUCUGGGACAUUGAGAACCCCAACAAACCUGAACUGACUCUGAAGCCGGCAUCUCCUCUUGUUUGUUUGGACUACAACCCAAAAGACUCGCACACUCUUGUUGGCGGGAGCUACAAUGGACAAAUUGUGUUCUGGGACACCCGUAAAGGCAGUCAGCCUGCGGAUGUCUCCUCUCUGGAGCAGAGUCAUAGAGAUCCUGUCUACAAAACCAUUUGGUUGCAAUCAAAGACAGGGACUGAAGCCUUCUCUGCAUCCACUGAUGGACAGGUUCUGUGGUGGGAUGUCCGUCGGCUAAGCGAGCCCACAGACAAAUUGAUUUUGGACCUGGGUCGGGAAGGGAACCUGGACCGGGCUCUUGGAGCCAUCUCUCUGGAGUUUGAAGCCACUAUGCCGACCAAGUUCAUGGUGGGGACAGAGCAGGGCAUCGUUGUGUCCUGUAACAGGAAGGCAAAGACUCCAACCGAGAAGAUCGUGUCUACGUAUGACAGUCACCAUGGACCCGUCUACGCCCUACAGAGGAAUCCUUUCUUUCCCAAAAACUUCCUGACUGUGGGGGACUGGAGAGCUCGUAUUUGGUCUGAGGACAUAAAAGAGUCAUCCAUUAUGUGGACCAAGUAUCAGAUGUCAUUUCUGACAGAUGCCUGCUGGAGUCCUGUCAGACCUUCUGUCUUCUUCACUGUCAAGAUGGACGGCAUGCUGGACAUCUGGGAUGUCUUGUUUAAGCAGAAUGACCCUACGCUCAGUAUAAAGGUGAGUGAUGAAGCUCUUUAUAGCCUGCGGCUGCAUGAGUCUGGACGCCUGGUGGCCUGCGGCUCCCGGCAUGGUACAGCUACAAUAUUAGAGAUAUGUUCAGGACUUUCCAGCCUCCAGAAGAAUGAGAAGAGUCUUAUGGCUGAGAUGUUAGAGCGGGAGGCCAAGCGUGAGAAAAUCUUGGAAGCUCGUCAGAAGGAGCUGCGACUGAAGGAAAGGAGUCGCUCUGAGCAGAGCCGAGAGGACGAGGUGGGCCGAGACGCUGCGGAACGAGAGGAGACUCCCGAGCAGCUGAUAGCCAGAGCUGAGGAAGACUUUUUCAGUAUGGUGGAAGCUGAGAAGAAGAGGAGGAGGGAAAGGGAAGAUGAAAAGAAACAGCCGCUGCAAUGGGAGGCUGAGGAAACCUGCAUGGUGAUGACUGGUGUAGAAAGCGGCCCCCUCACAUGUAUUAUUCACAAAAGCAUGUGCGAGCAGCUGUUUCCAGCCUCAUUAGACCAAAAGCACACCAAGACGGUGAAGAUCAAGGCAAUUUGCUGUAGCUUCAAGCACAACAUCAAGAAAGAAGAAAUGAUUAAAAACAAGAAUCCAGUAUUUCAGACACAGUUGGAAAGCAAAUAUCUUGAUCAGACAUUUCCUAAAAAGAUGUCCUAG